ACGUUUGAUGACGUAACACCAUCGGCAGCCAGUACAUUCUGUCGCGCAGAGGCCUGGGGACUUUUUUUUGUUUGUUUUUUUAUGUUUUGAAAAAAUAUCUGCAUCUCAGCUACGUCAGUGUUUGCCUUGACUGAGGCCAUAUGUUUAUGAGGCAUUGCGUUUGGUCUGCGGACGGCCGAGCGGUGUAGCCGGAGGCUGACUUUGGUAUUUGGGUAGCACGCCAGCUGGACUCGGAGGCUAGAAGCCUUUGGGGAGGGGGGACAAAUCAAAAUAGUAAAGGCGAAAGAUGACAUCUCGAAGGUGGUUCCAUCCGAACAUCACCGGUGUGGAGGCGGAGAACCUUCUGCUAACCCGCGGAGUGGAUGGCAGCUUCCUGGCGCGACCCAGUAAGAGCAACCCCGGAGACUUCACUUUAUCUGUCAGACGUAAUGGAUCGGUCACCCAUAUCAAGAUCCAGAACACUGGGGACUACUAUGACCUUUAUGGGGGGGAGAAGUUUGCCACACUGGCAGAGCUGGUCCAGUACUACAUGGAGCACCACGGGCAGCUGAAGGAGAAGAACGGUGAUGUCAUCGAGCUGAAGUACCCGCUGAACUGCGCUGACCCCACGUCCGAGAGAUGGUUUCAUGGUCACCUCUCGGGCCGUGAGGCAGAGAAGCUGCUGACGGAGAAGGGAAAGAAUGGAAGCUUCCUGGUGCGGGAGAGCCAGAGCCACCCGGGCGACUUUGUGCUGUCCGUCCGCACUGGCGACGACAAGACGGACAGCAGCGACAGCAAGCCCAAGGUCACCCACGUCAUGAUUCGCUGCCAGCACGACAUGAAAUACGACGUCGGAGGCGGGGAGAAGUUUGACUCCCUCACGGACCUGGUGGAACAUUACAAGAAGAACCCCAUGGUGGAAACGCUGGGCACCGUUCUUCAGCUUAAACAGCCCCUGAACACAACCCGCAUCAACGCAGCAGAGAUCGAGAGCCGCGUGAGGGAGCUCAGUAAGCUGGCAGAGGCCACUGAUAAGGUGAAGCAGGGUUUCUGGGAGGAGUUUGAGACUCUUCAGCAGCAGGAAUGCAAGCUUCUCUACAGCCGCAAGGAGGGACAGCGACCUGAGAACAAGAACAAGAACCGAUACAAGAACAUCCUUCCCUUUGACCACACCCGCGUGGUGCUCAACGAUGGAGACUCAAACGAGCCUGGGUCAGACUACAUCAACGCCAACAUCAUUAUGCCCGAACUGGAGUCAAAAUGCAACAACACCAAAGUGAAAAAGAACUACAUCGCCACACAGGGCUGCCUCCAGAACACCGUCAGUGAUUUCUGGAGGAUGGUUUUCCAGGAAAACUCUCGUGUCAUUGUUAUGACUACCAAGGAGGUGGAGCGAGGCAAGGUGCAGACUCCCUGCCCCAAGUACUUUAGUGCUAUUAGUAAGGAAUGUUUAUGGAACAGGCAGAUGGACUAUUCCAUGUUCUCUGCAAGAACAUCUGGAAAGAUGGGCUAUCAGCUGUUCACUUUUGCUGGCCAAUAAACAAAUGGUUCCACAUUUCAGGGGAAUACAGAGCGGACCGUUUGGCAGUACCACUUUCGGGCCUGGCCGGACCACGGUGUGCCUACCGAUCCCGGCGGCGUGCUUGACUUCUUGGAGGAGGUCAACCUGAAGCAGGAGAGCAUCCUGGAGGCGGGACCUAUUGUGGUUCACUGCAGUGCCGGAAUCGGACGGACGGGGACGUUUAUCGUGAUAGACAUCCUCAUUGAUGUCAUUCGGGAGAAAGGGGUGGACUGUGACAUCGACGUGCCCAAGACCAUACAGAUGGUGCGCUCGCAGCGGUCAGGGAUGGUGCAGACAGAGGCUCAGUACCGCUUCAUCUAUAUGGCCGUGCAGCACUACAUUGAGACACUGCAGCGACGCAUCGAGGAAGAGCAGAAGAGCAAGAUCAAAGGUCGUGAGUACACCAACAUUAAGUACUCUCUGUCUGACCUGACGGCCGGAGACCAGAGCCCCUAUCCCCCCUGCACGCCCACCCCAACCUGUGCAGAGAUGCGCGACGACAGCUCUCGCGUCUACGAGAACGUGGGACUCAUGCAACAGCACAAGACCUACAGAUGAGGCCCCCCCAGCCCCAGCUGCCCCAUUGAAGCAUUUGUUUUCCUUUUUCGUUAUUUUUAUUUUUAUUUUUUUUGCAAUUUUCUCUGCGCUGUGGCUGAGUUUCAGAGAUGCAGUCCUGACCAAUGGGAGCCCUGCACCCUUUUCCCUCCGCCAUUCAAGCUCCACGUUGAAAAUGGUUCCAGUAGCACCAUGUCCCAAGACUCGGAACCUGAUGUUGAGAUCCCGCGCCCCAGAAAGACUCGUUUGUGAGAUCAGAUUUGCUCCCAAGCUGCAGUUCUCACUUUGUCGCACAAGAGGCAGCUGUUUCUGACUUCUGGUUCAUCUGGGCUGUUCUAUGCUUUGUUCUGUCGUUUUUGUUUUUGUAACUUUUGCCAAAGGAUUAUGGUCAAAAUUUGCAGAUAAGCUACCAGGAAGCUUUCUUCCUCUGCUAGAUUUGCAACUUCACCAAGCCGAAAAUUCAUCUGCCUCAGUUAUAGCUAUUUGCGAACUUUAUUUGAAGAAGGGAUCUGUAGAAUAUUUGAAAGGGAUAUUUUUCCACAUUUAGCAUUAACAUGGGUUAGUUUGGUCAUCUGUAUUCUGUUACUGAAUGGGGAACCUUCUGACUUUUCAUAACUUCAUGUUGUCUAGAUAUGGCCCCCACCGGCGUGAGGGUAUGUGAUGUUCUUGCCCUUUCAAGGGCAGGAAGUGGGCCCCAGUUAGACGUGAAUAAUUAAUUGCGGUGUCCUGCCAUCCUGUCCAGCCUUGACGCGGCGGAUGCUCUGGUUUGGCAUCAAUAGCAUGGUCAGCCCUUCCCGAAGGCGGUGCCCAAGCUGACCUGGACUCUUGUUCCCAUUCCCAGCAUCAGUUGCUAGCUUAGCCAUAACCCCCUUCAUUUCUCCCUUCUGACUUUAGCGGUAUAAUGCUAAAGCUGUAUACCUGUUUCGUGUUUGUAUCUCCUGCUCUUAGAAGAUCCACGCAAAAUUUAAUUUCAGAACACUCUUCAAUAGCAAUAGCACAUUCAUGUGUGAGGAUGGCUGUCUUUGGUGGGGGGUUGGGCAGACCAAUGAGGCUGGCAUCCUGUCCCCUUUUGUGACUUGAAUGACCCUUGAUUACAUUCUGCUUCACCACCAAGAACUAAAUGCUUAACGUUGACUACAGUAUUUUAUGUGUGCCCUGCCGGCACCUGAACUUUAGUGGGUUUUAUUUCAGUUUAUCAUCACUGUCGUUAUUGAAUCUCCACAACAUUUCAGGUAUGUAAUUUGAUUCCUCUCACUGUCUGCCACUUAAGCCCCCCCACCUUGCCAUUUAUAAAAAUGCCUAAACAAUGAAUGUCCAGGCACUGUAUCCUCGUAGUGCUUAGGCUGUAGGUUUGUGACCAUUAGGAGAUGUCAGUUCUCGGAUUUCGGCUUCUCGCCGACCGGUCCGCCUGUAAAGGCCGGAUCUGAGAUUUGGUCUGGCCUCCACACUCUGCUUGUCCCAGCAAACGCACCAUAGUGUGGUGUCUCCCUGUGCGAAGGGGCCAAGUGUCCCAAUCUCCUGAGUCUAUACAGGCACUUUUCUCUGUGUGUUUCCUUGGAGGUGUGAGUGGGGCUGGAUCUUGUGUGGGUUUGGGUAGGUGGGUGGGUGUGUGUGUCAUGGGCAGGGUAGUGUCUAGGUGUCUGAUGGGGGCAUUUUGUAUCCAGCGUACUGUAAUGUGUGUGUGUGUGUGUGUGUGUGUGUGUGUGUGUGUGUGUGUUGCACAAUAAAUGGAGCGCAGUUCAGUGUACUGAGGUGCACUCUGGUGUGUGUUUGUGUAUGUCUGUGUGUGCGUGUCUGUGUGUUUGUGUGUGUGUAUUUGUGUGUGUGUGUGUCUGAACACUGCUGUCCAACUCUGUUCCUUGAUGCCUUGUCCUCCCAUCUUUGCCCAGAGCCUUGAUUAUGUAAAGACUUUGCAAUCUACGUUUCACCAACACACAGGCCAUUUAAUGUGUGUGUGUUUGAGUGAACUUCAGAUUUUAUUUUUGAAUUCUUGCUCUGGAUGCAUCGCCAAGAAACAAGUCUUAACACUUAAUGUGAAUUUUAUCAUGAAUAAUGAAAGCAAAUGGAAAAUGAACUCAAUACAGACUAUAUUUUUUAACUUGUAUAUUGUACAAUAAUAUCUUGUAGAGGAGAACAUACUCACUUAGCAUAUCUAAUUGCCAAUAAAGCAUUACUGUAUGUUUAAUCCCGCCUUCUGUGAGCAGCAGCCAAUCUGGUUUAUUGUGUUGUAUGUCAACCAAUGCAAGUAACCUCUGGUAUCUGUUCCUUGAUAACAAUAAAAUAAUUUUUAAAAUCCCAA